UUCAAUCUGCUUCAAGGUUCAUGGCAUUGUCAACUCCAGACGCCUUUCAUUUCGACUGCCCACCCCUGCAUUCCGCUCUAAUCCUAUCUGUUGACCUAGUCACGACACCUUCUUGCAUGCUUUGCGCCAACCCUCGAGUAAUCGCAGCUCAACACGGCCCCAUAGCAGCGCAGGCAGCUCCCUAUCUUUGAUCCCUUUGACGUCGACCUACCACUUCAGUGACGGCCCCAGUGGACGACUGUUUUCCGGGCGAAUUCGGUUAUCGACUCUCGUGUGCAAAGUUACAUAUAGUCAUGAAGCCCAUCGUGUCAGGCUUCAAUGCCUGGUUUUGUACCGUCAUCUCCGCAUUUGCCAUUGUCAUUCUCAGCGUCAUCGGCAGUUUAUUUGCGCGAGAUCAUCAUAUGAUGAUGGGCCUAGAAGAAGAUCCUGAGGACGGGAAGGCCGUGGCAGGCAGUAUUUUUGUUGCGGUGGCAGUCUACGCGGGUUUCUUGGUAUUCUGCGGCUUUCAGGGAUGGCUCAACAUUCGAGCCAGUCGAAGGGGACAAAUAUCUCUAUAAUCAUAAUGGGCAGGUUUCAUUACAGAUGUACAAACUCAGCUACAUGCUGCAUCACGCGCGGGGUUUUAGACAGAUAGGCAGGGUAAAUACCUUCAGUUCUCUGAGAAUGCAGCUGCCAGGAAAGAGCUGUUGGUACUUGGAACGAGUUGCAAAGCAGUGAUAAAUGGAAAUGUUUAGACAUACACCAUCGC